UGAACGCAAGUUAUACUAUGUAUCCCAGAAUGCUUCGCAAGGAUCGGAAAUGAUCGAACACAUUUCCGGAAGUCGGAGCUGAUAGUUCUCUCCUGCUAUCUGUAUCGAUGUUUUGCUAAAAAGGUGUUAGCUCUCUGGCUAAUACGUUCGUUUGAAUGUUUUCCUUUCCUUUUCUACUAUUCAUGUUCUCAUCAUAGCUCGACAGUAUUUACCCAUAUCGGACGAUUUUGUGCGUGUAUAAAUCCGUCGCUAUAGUUACCCCCAAGCAGAAUGACUGCCAGGCGGCCGGACAGCUUUGACGGCCUAGGUUACAGGGGUAGGGAGGACCUGUCUUACGGAGGGGGUUAUGGUGGAAGGUCAUUUAAUAACUCGUCUAACACGGACCUUCAGCACUGGGUCACGACUCCGCCGGAUAUCCCCGGCAGCAGAAACUUGCACUAUGGCGAGCGGACGCCGCAGUUCGAGACGGCGGCGGCGCCUGCAGUGCCUUCCGAGGACAUACAGCCGGCGGCCGGAGCGUCUGAGCAUUUAAACAGAUUUGCUGGCUUUGGUAUUGGCCUUGCAAGUCUCUUCACUGAAAAUGUUUUAGCUCACCCUUGCAUCAUGUUCCGUCGUCAAUGUCAGGUGAAUUACCAUGCUAAGACUUUCCAUUUAUCACCAUUCACCGCUGUUGGUGUAAUGUACAAUAUCACCAAAACUCAGGGUCCAAAGGCAUUAUGGAAGGGAAUGGGUAGCACAUUUGUAGUCCAGGGGGUCACCCUGGGUGCUGAAGGCAUCAUCAGUGAGUGCACCCCCCUCCCAAGGGAAUUGUCACAUAAAUGGAAUCCUAAACAAGUACUUGGACACUUGGUCCUGAAGGGUUUGACGUAUGUGGUCGCAAUGCCGUUUUACUCAGCAAGCCUUAUUGAGACAGUCCAGAGUGAAAUCAUCCGGGACAACCCUGGGAUCCUCGAAUGCGUAAAGGAGGGAUUGGGCCGAGUUCUGGGCAUGGGAAUCCCUCACAGCAAGCGCCUGCUGCCCCUGUGGGGCCUGGUGUUCCCCACGAUCCUGCAUGGAGUCCUGCAUUACAUCAUCAGCUCUGCCGUACAGAAGCUGGUCAUGUUUUUUCUGCGCCGGGGUGGCGCCCCUGGGCGACCGGCCCAGGCCGGGUCUGAAACGGUGCAGGGCAUGCUGGACGCCUACUUCCCUGAGCUCAUGGCCAGCUUCGCAGGCAGCCUGUGCGCCGAUGUGGCCCUGUUCCCCCUGGAGACGGUGCUACACCGCCUGCACAUCCAGGGCACACGCACCAUCAUCGACAACACGGACCUCGGCUUUGAGGUCCUUCCCAUCAAUACGCAGUACGAGGGCAUGAGGGACUGUGUCAGCGCCAUCCGGAGGGAGGAGGGCCCACUGGGAUUUUACAAGGGCUUCGGGACCGUCGUGGUGCAAUAUUCCCUGCACGCUGCCGUGCUGCGUAUCACCAAGAUGAUUUAUUCUUCGCUGUUGCAAAAAGCCUGAAAGUUCAAUGCCGUGUCUCAUCAGUCACUUAAAACAUUUUUUUAAAUACACUUAAAAUCCCUAGGAUUUCCCUCUUCACCGGAGAUAUCAUAGAGCAAGUAAUGGUCGUAAAAAGAUCCCCAUUCCUUCAAAAAAUGACUCACCUGACAUUGUGCAACAGAAAGUUUUUAAAAUCUCUCUCUGUUAACAUUUUAUCCCUGAAGCACUUCAAAAGAAUUUUGCUCAUGAACAUAUAUGUGAUGAUGGUGAUUAAUUGCUAUAAAUACUUCAAAGUAGUCACUCUCAUUUAACCUGGUAAUCACUAGAUUAAUGUUAUCUACAUACUGCAUCUUGCUCUUGGUACAUAUAUUUUUUUUCUUUGACAAUGUUAUCCUGCCUGCAACUCGCAUAACAUUGUUUCAGCUUACAAGCCAGUUUGUACAGAGUGUACAGUAAACUUGUGAGAUACGUGAUACUUGUCUUUAAAUUAUUGGCACUUUAAUCUCUGCUAAUGUGGUAUUUAUGGUAAAUUGUUUAACAGUUUAACAUACAUACAGUAAUACAGAGUACAGUUGCAGAUGUAUGUGAAUGCUGAUAGAAUGAUAUUCUCAACAAUUAUUAUUGGCAAAACCAGUGUGUCUUGUGUAUGUGGUUCGGCUAAGUUCAGAUGUUUGUCAUAGGUAUUUAAUUAAAACUUAUUUGGUUUUUCUGCUUGUUUCAAGAUGUAAAAUUCCACAGUGAUUAUGAAACUUGCCAAAUACAAGUGUCAAAAAUUUGA